AUGGAAGCUGCUCGAGAUUCCUGGGAGAUUGAGAAUGCCAUCACUUUGAUCGACCCUCAGCGAGAUGCCCUCUAUCAAUACGAUGAAGAAACCCACAAAGCCCUCAGCAACGCCCGGCCGUGGCAGAAAGACCCUCACUACUUUAAACAUGUCCGCAUCUCCGCCGUCGCUCUUCUGAAAAUGGUCAUGCACGCUCGGUCGGGUGGCUCCCUCGAAGUCAUGGGCCUAAUGCAAGGCUACAUCCUCCCAGAGACAUUCGUCGUAACAGACGCCUUCCGUCUCCCCGUCGAGGGCACAGAAACCCGCGUGAACGCCCAGGAUGAAGCGAACGAGUACAUGGUUUCAUAUCUCCAGGCAUGUCGCGAUGCAGGACGCAUGGAGAAUGCGGUGGGAUGGUAUCACAGUCACCCCGGGUACGGCUGCUGGCUAUCAGGCAUUGAUGUCACGACGCAAGACAUGCAGCAACUCGGCGGGGCAUUCGUUGCCGUCGUCGUUGACCCCGACCGAACCAUAUCGGCAGGUAAGGUAGACAUUGGUGCAUUUCGGACAUACCCAAAGGACUACGUGCCGCCAAAAUCGGAGCAAGAAGAGGAGGAGUUCCAGACGGUACCCCUUUACAAGGCUGAAGACUUCGGAGCGCACGCCGGCCAGUACUAUCCGCUCGAAGUGACGACCUUCAAAAGUGCCCUAGACACAGAAAUCCUCGAUCGUCUAUGGAAUAAGUACUGGGUCACCACACUCAGCCAAAGCCCUCUGUUCACUACCCGCGAUUAUGGAAGCAAGCAGAUGCUCGAUCUCAGCCAAAAAGUCCGCCGGGCAACCCGAGGCAUGGAAGGCUCCCGGGGCAGCGGCUUGGGCCAGGCCAAAGACCAACAGCUUGAUAAAAUAGCACGAGACAGUCAGCGGAUUGUGUCUGAGGAAGUAAAGGGGCUGCUGGCAGCCGAGGUGAAGAUGCAGCUUUUCCAGAAUGUCGGCGAAGAGUCGACGGCAAAAGUGAAAUAG